AUCCUACAAAUCAUCCCUUGAACAAUUGGCAUCUUCUUAGACUAUAUAAUUCCAUCUUUUCGGAACAUUUUUAAACAUUUUCUGUUUCAAUAAAAAUCACAGACAAGUCUAUUUUUUUUAUAACAUUUUUUCUGAAAAUCUUCUAGUCCAACAAUUACUAAAAUUCCAUGUCUUCAAGUUGCUCUAGCUCUUCUUGGACGCCAAAACAGAACAAACUUUUUGAAAAAGCCCUUGCUGUAUAUGAUAGAGAUACUCCUGACCGUUGGCAAAAAGUUGCAAGAGCCGUUGGUGGCAAAUCUGCAGAAGAAGUGAAAAGGCAUUACGAAGUGCUUAUUGAAGAUCUUAGGCAUAUUGAGUCUGGCAAUGUUCCUUUCCCCAACUACCGACAUUAGUCUAGAUCGCCAUUCUACCAUCAGCAUUUUCUCCACAUGCUGGCUGGCACAGAAGUACUCAUAAAGUUCUAUUGAAGUUGAAGACAUGGUGGUCCACUCUUAUAUAAAAUAUCCAUAGCAUAAUAUAUGUAUGUAUGCGCGUGUGUAUAUUUUAUAUCAAUCGAUCAAUUAUGGCUCAAGGGUAACACAAGGCCUCAAUUUUUUUAA